AUGAAAGUAUGAUUUCAAUAUUUGAUCAUACAGAAGUUCUAAACAUGUUAUCAACAAUUUUAAAUAUUGAAAUUAAUGAUGGUCUUCCAAAUCAAGUGUGUACAAGAUGUUCAAGUAAAUUAAGUGAAUCGUAUAGUUUUAAACAACAAUGUCAAAAAUCUGAAGAAAUUUUAAAACAAGUCCAAAAUACUUUAUCUGAUGAAAAUGAAACUGAUGAUUUAAAAUGUGAUGGAGAUGAAUCUGAUGUUGAAUCCGAGGAAGAUGAACAACUUGAACAUAAUUUAAAAUAUGAGGAAGAGCCGUCAAAUAAUCAAAAUGUUGAAAAAACAACACUUGACUUUCAACAACAAGAAGCUUAUUUUUAUCCAAUUGAAUCCACUUCAGAUGCUGAAACACAAAAAGAAACGGCAUUAGAACGUGCAUUACAACUUGGUCCAGAUAAAUGUGACCCCACUACAAAAACAUGUAAAAUAUGUAAUAAAGUUUUAUAUAAUGUACAUUCAUUGGUGAGACAUGUGGAAACUCAUAAUGAAAAUCGUAAAUUCGAAAUUGUUUGUACGAUUUGUAAUAAAGGAUUUUAUGAGAAGAAACAUAUUAAAAAUCAUAUGUUACGGCAUAAAGGAGAAGCACGAUUUAAAUGUGAUGAAUGUAAAAAACCAUUUUAUGAAUUGAAUGCAUUACGUGGUCAUGUUAAAAAGAAACAUCCAAAUAAAAUCAAUCGAUAUAAAUGUAAAGAAUGUACAGAAAUGUUUGUAUUAGAACAAGAUUUAGAAUUACAUGAACGUUCACAACAUUCGAAACAUCAAUAUUCAUGUUCGGAAUGUAAUAAACCAUUUAUACAUAAAUAUUUAUUACGUAAACAUCAAUGGAUGCAUGCAAAACAACGAAUGUUCCAUUGUAAACAUGCUGACUGUGAUAAAUCAUUUAAAAGUAAACAAGUUUUACAUUUACAUUAUAAACGAUGUCAUUCAAAUGAUAAGAAACGUGAAGUUUGUAACAUUUGUGGUAAAUCUGUUGUUUAUCUAAAGAAUCAUAUUUAUAUUCAUAAGAAUGAAAAAUAUAAAUGUGAACAAUGUGAACAAGAGUUUACAAAUAAAUACUCACUAGAUAAACAUACAAAACGUAAACAUGGUAAUCUUGACGAUACGGAAUUAAAUCCAUAUUUAUGUAACAUUUGUGGUAAACGAAGUGAAAAUUUAACAAUGUUAAAACGACAUUUAACAACGCAUUCAGAUGUUAAAACACAUAAAUGUCCGAUCUGUGAGAAACUAUUUAAAAGUAUUGAAUUAGUGAACAGUCAUGUACGCUACACACAUAAUAAUGUACGAAAUUUUAAAUGUACAGAAUGUUCAAAGAGUUUUCAUACAACAUCUGGUUUAAAAUUACAUAUUCGUACGCAUACGGGCGAACGACCAUACGAGUGUGAUGUGUGUGGCAAAGCGUUUCAACAGAGGAGCACUUUAAAAACGCAUAUGAAAGUACAUGGUUUACCUGUUUAUAAAAAUAAAGUUGACGAGCAGCAGCAACAAGAAAAAUCAUUUAAAAUUAAAUUGGAGCCAUUAUUUAUGCAGUAA